GGCGGACGAGACAGCCUUUGGCGGGCAGGACGAGGUCGGAAAGGAGGCAAUGCGUGUUACGACUGAAGCACAGAACGAUCGCCCGCAGAUGUGGCAAGCAUGCAACGCGGCUGCUCGGAGCCCCGCUGGGGGGUGGCUCUACGCGCGGCGCCGCGAUGUGGAUGUGCUCGAGCAUCGGAGACCCCCGCAGCAUAUCCAGCAGCCGAGACUGCUCGACAGCGUUCUGCAAGACGAUGUAGAGUUCCCGAAGGGCAGGUAAGUGAUCCGUAGGAACGAACGCCAGCUGAAAGAGGGAGAGUACGCGUAGCCGGGGGGCGCAACCGGCGAAAACGGACGCGCUUGGCGGGCACCAGUGGAUCUUCCAAGCGUGCAAGACAAGCUCCUCGAUGUGGAGGGCGAGCCUAGGCAAGAUCGCGAAGACGGCGUGGAUACGCCGGUCCGUAUCGAUCCAGAAGCUGUCUAUGGUACGAAUGUGAAGGCGUCGUAUCCGGUGCGCGUGUUCGGCGAGUAUAGGCACAAGUGGGUUGACGUGGCCUUCGCUGUAAAC